AUGACUCAGAAUACAGCACGGCAACUGCUGCAGGCUGCGAUAGCAACAGCAUGCAUACUCGCGCGAAUGGUCAUGCACAGCAGAGCUGUCAGGAUCAGCUGGAACUCCCUGCGGCAUGCAAGAACAACAAAAAAAACACAGAGCGGGGUGCGCCGGCGGAGCCCUGCGCGCCGCCGCGAGGGCCCCGGGCAGGCUGCGCCGCCCGGCGGGGGGGGGGGGAAAGAGAGAGGGGAGAGGCAGGCAGACGACGACGAACGCGCAGGGGCGGGAGGCCAGGGCCGGCAGGGCGGGCGGGCGGGCAGGCGGAAGGUGGGGCCGGGCGGAGGCAGCAGGCGGGGAGCAGGAGGAAAGGGAGGAGAGGCAGGGAAGAGGAGGAGCGGCAAGGAGGCAAGAGGCAAGGAAGAGAGGGAGAGGAGGGGAGGCAAGGAAGCAAGAGGAAAUGGAGGAAGGCAAGGAAGCUAG